AAAAAGAUGAGCUCAAUGCGCGUUUUAAGGGGCGUGGCUCUGUUGAAACGUCAUCAGCCAUGGUCAUACAAUAUGGCUGCGCCCAUGGACACAGCAUUAGUACUGGUGUGCACUGACCUACAACUGCUUUAAAAAAUAUAAUUGAGAUAAAGAUGGCCACUCCAGGCAGAGUGUCGAAAAAGGAGCGGAAGAAGCAGAUCCCAGCUAAGACGUCCCUGAACUCCCCCUACAGCCUGCAAUGGAGUCCGCUGCAGAGAGAUGACGUACACUUCAUCCUGGACACUCUGAAGAGCAAACUGUCAGCAACUGGCCUGGAAAAGAAAGAGGUGAAAGGGUUUCGACAGUGGGGGAAAAAGAGAAAUAAGAAACUGCCUACAGGACAUGACUCUGUAGCCGAGCCCCCACAGAUACCCCUCGACACUGUAACACCGGAAUGUCCUGUUAAACCCACAGAGCAAGGCUGGACUGAUGUAGCCGCUAGGAGGCAGCUGGCCAUCGGCAUCAAUGAGGUCACCAAGGCUCUGGAGAGGAACCAGCUCCGGCUGGUGCUCGUGUGCAAGUCGGUCAAACCGCCUCACAUGACGAGCCACCUGAUAGCGCUGUGCCGGACGCGAGGCGUGGCGGCAUGCCAGGUGCCAUGUCUCAGUGAGAGUGUGGCGGGACUGCUGGGGCUGAAGUGCGUCCUGGCACUGGGAUUCAGACAAGGGGAAGGGAACGAGGAUGGAACAUUCUCCGACACUGUGGAAGCCAUCCUACCUAGAGUGCCUGCUCUGCAGGUUGCCUGGAUACAAAGCCCUCCCAGUGACACAGGUGCAACAGUUGAGGGGCAGGUAGAAGGGGAAACAGCUGAAGAGGGGCAAAUGGUGGUGGAAAAGGGAGAGGAGACAAGGGGCCAAAAACGGAAAAUUGAAGACAUUUCUCCAGACAUGACAGAAUCUCCAUCCUGCGUACUUCAGCCUCUUAAAGUGAAAAAGAUAAUUCCCAAUCCUGCUAAAAUACGUAAACCGAAAACUAAGAAAAAGUAGAAGCAAUUUGGACUGAAUCAAAUGUUUUGGUUUCUCUCAUUUUAUGUACAAAAGAUUACAUGAAAUGGUAGUGUAGGCAGCCCUGGAUGCUGAUUGGAGGUAGAGGCCUCUGCUUCCUGUCUAGAAGAAACACUCCCAAAAUCCCAUGCAGGACUUAAAUGAUUAAAUAAAGAAGACAGCACACUCAGAUGUAUAUCUUUUCUUCUUGUCUGGAUGAGUUUAUUCGAUCAAAUGUCCAUGCUGGUAUAGCUUACGUGUGUAUUUGAAACAUAUUCAGUAUUUGGAUGAGAGGUCCUGUCUAAACGGUGCUGGUUCUAAUUCCUCAGUUAUUUUACAGCCUGCCAAGGAGUUCAAUAAAAAAUAUUGUUUUUCA